AUGGGCCAAUAUUACUCCACAACCAACACUGAAGAACCCGGUACCUCUGUUGAUAAGAACAAGAGGAUCGGGUAUUAUGAACUCUUGCAGGUCGCUCGAGACGCAUCUGGAGAAGAGAAAAAAGCUCUGGAGUUACACCCUGACAAGAACUUUGGAAAUGUGGAAAACGCGACGAAGCUAUUUGCGGAGAUUCAGGCUGCUUACGAAGUGCUCUCAGAUCCCCAAGAGCGCGCCUGGUAUGAUUCUCAUCAAGAAGCCAUUUUAGGGCAAGAUGGAAAUUUUGAAGAUGUCAGAUUAUCGAACAAUACCAAAAUCACCACUGCAAGUGACAUAUUCGGGCUGUUUUCACAAUUCAGUCCUCGAAUGGAGUUCUCUGAUUCCCCUGAGGGAUUCUACGGUGGUCUUCGUGAGAUUUUCUCACGUCUCGCUCUGGAGGAAGAGCUAAGUACCUCCUGCGAAGGAACAAAUACAACAAAGUAUCCAACCUUUGGUUGUCGUGACGAUGGCUAUGAGGAAGUUGUGCGUCCAUUUUACAUGGCCUGGAGUGGCUUCUCAACCACAAAGACAUUCGCGUGGAAAGAUAAAUACCGUUAUUCAGAGGCCCCAGACCGACGUGUUAGGCGGCUGAUGGAGAAAGAGAACAAACGUCUACGUGAGGAUGGAAUUCGGGAAUUCAAUGAUGCAGUUCGGUCGCUUGUGGCGUUUGUUAAAAAGCGUGACCCACGAUACAAGUCCAAUGUUCAGAGUGAAUCUCAGCGGCAAGAAUUUCUUCGUCGUUCCACUGCUGCGCAAGCUGCCAAGUCACGAGCAGUCAAUCAAGCCAAGUUUCGCGAAUAUGUCGCACCAGAGUGGGCGAUGUCACAAGAUCACAGUGAGAUUGAUUCCGAUAGCAGCUACAAUAUCUCAGAUGUCGCGGUAGAGCUUUUUGAUUGUGUUGUGUGUGAUAAAAGCUUCAAGAGCACUAAACAAUUUGAGACACACGAACGAAGCAAGAAGCAUAUUAAGGCCGUCAAACAGUUGCAAAGAGAAAUGAGGGCUGAGAAUAAGCAGCUGGGGUUGGUGGAUGAUUUCUCCACCCUCGACUCUACUUCAAAUGCAGAAACAGAUGGUGAAGACAACCAUCUCGACAAACACGAUGACCCAUGUACUGGCAUCAUCGCUACUUCCGGUUCCUCUAAGGAGGCAAAUGAUAGUUCAGAUUGUGACACUGACUAUGCCCCCCGAGAUUGUGUGGAAGGUCGACUUCAGCCAAUAGACGAUGAUAUACAAAAUCCGGCAGACACAAUGAAUGAUCUAAUUGAAAAUCUGUCGGCAACACAUAUACACGAGCAGUCACCGAUGACUCCAGCAAAAUUGGGAAAGGCCAAGCUAAAGCGUCUGAAGAAAGCCCAACAAGCCGAGAAUCAGGCUCAAGACCGCCGAUGUGCUACCUGUGGUGUCGAUUUUGCCUCCAGAUCACAGCUUUUUACCCAUAUCAGAAAUUCUAGCCAUGCUCAGCUCCGGGUGCAGGCACUUGCAACCAAGAGGUGA